CUUGUACCUUUUUAAGUGACCACACAACACCACUCACAAGAUUGUCCAUUUUUAAUCAUCUCUGCGAAACAAAUUCCCGAGAGAAAUAUAACUUUCACUACCCAACAAGAAUCUCCAUUAAUGGAGAUGAAAACUCUCAAGGUUCUCUCUUUUAUCCUCUAUAUAUCAUCUCUUUAUUUUCUCUCUCUGGCAGUUUUUACUCCUAUUGAUAAUUAUCUGAUCGACUGUGGCGGUUCAGACAAUAACCCCAUCGUAGUUGAUAAUCGGAAUUUCAUUGGAGAGGCAUCAAAUUUGGGUUCAGCUUUUGUCUCUCCAACCCCGAAAAUCUUGCUCAAGAACCCAAACCCAUCUCCUGGAUUAUCACCUUUAUAUCAUACAGCUAGAGUUUUCACAACAGUUUCCAAUUAUGAAUUUCAGAUCAAGAAGAAGGGCUUACAUCUGGUACGUCUUCAUUUUUUUCCUUUCACUUCACCGAAUUAUGAUCUAAAAAAUGGUUUGUUCGAUGUUUUGGUUAAUGGAUUUUUGAGUCUAAAUAACUUUAGUAAGAAAGAUACUACUUCGGUUGAGUUAAGGGAGUUUAUAGUAAAGCCCAAGGAUGAUAAAGUUGAAAUCUUGUUCAAACCAUUGGGUAAAUCAGGGUUCGGAUUUGUUAAUGCAAUUGAAGUUUUCUCUGCUCCUGAUAAUCUUAUCAAAGACGAAGGAGCUAAAUAUGUUAGCUCAUCAACAGUUGAAGAGUUCCAAAAAGGUUUCUUAUCUUCAAAUAUAUUGGAAAUUGUUCAUAGAAUUAAUGUUGGAGGUCUUAAAAAGAUUACACCAUUUAAUGAUACUCUUUGGAGGACUUGGAUUCCAGACGAGGAGUAUCUAAUCCUCAAAGACGCAGCAGUGUCCCGUUCUCGAAAUGGUCCAGCUAAUUAUAAAGAUGGAGGAUCAACUAGAGAGAUUGCACCUGAUUAUGUUUACAAUACUGCUCAGGCGAUGAACACAAAGAAUGCAAUUGAAAAUGUAAAUUUCAACAUAACAUGGAGGUUGCCAAUCAAUCCAGGGACUUCUGAUAAAUACCUAGUUCGGAUGCAUUUUUGCGAUUUCGUUAUGGAACGUCAUCAGCUCUACUUCGAUGUCUAUCUGAACGGAAACUCUGCUGUCCGGAAUUUGGAUUUAUCAGCUAAAACAGCCCCUGAUUUAGCAGUACCUUAUUAUAUCGACUUUGUCGUCGACUCCGACCAUUUAGAUUCUGUACAUGCCAGUGUUGGUAAAUCUGAUAUGAGUACCCCUACAAACGUCAAUGCUAUAUUAAAUGGAUUAGAGAUCAUGAAGAUGAUUAAUGAAACAGCUUUAAACUUGACAGGAGGAUCGAGUAAGAAAAAUGUCAAGGUUUUGGUGGGUUCAAUUGUAGGAGGAUUCGUCUUCCUGUCCUUUGUCAUACUGGCAAUAUUCUUUUUAUUGAAGCGCCGAAACAAGGAGCGGAAGCUAAAGCCGGCUGAAACUUGGUCAUCUUUACCUGUGUAUGCUGGGAAUUCAAGUAGUAAGGUGUCUGAAGGAACUACUACUGCAGGCUCCCGCUCUCCUUACACAAAUGCAAACCUGGCCUUGAAAAUUUCCUUUUCCGAAGUACAGUUUGCUACAAACAACUUUGACAAGAAGUUGAUUAUCGGUUCUGGGGGGUUUGGUAUGGUAUAUAAAGGAGUGCUUAGAGAUAACAUGGAAGUAGCAGUGAAACGAGGUGGACGACGUUCUGGGCAAGGCCUACCCGAAUUCCAGACAGAGAUCAUGGUAUUAUCAAAGAUUCGCCAUCGUCAUCUUGUAUCCCUUGUUGGCUAUUGCGAAGAACAGUCAGAGAUGAUUCUAGUUUAUGAGUUCAUGGAGAAAGGACCAUUAAAAAAUCAUUUAUAUGGCUCAGGGUUACCACCUUUGACAUGGAAGCAAAGACUUGAGAUAUGCAUCGGCUCAGCAAGAGGUCUACAUUACCUGCACACAGGUUCUGCACAAGGAAUCAUACAUCGAGAUGUCAAAUCAACCAACAUAUUGCUUGAUGAGAAUUAUGUAGCUAAAGUUGCUGAUUUUGGUCUUUCUAGGUCAGGACCAUGUCUUGACGAGACCCAUGUAAGCACUGGAGUGAAAGGAAGUUUUGGGUAUUUAGAUCCAGAAUAUUUUAGACUGCAGAAGCUUACAGAUAAGUCGGAUGUAUAUUCGUUUGGUGUAGUUCUUUUCGAAGUACUCUGUGCAAGACCAGCAAUUGAUCCUCAACUUUCUAGAGAUCAAAUGAACUUAGCAGAAUGGGCAAUGUUAUGGCAAAAGAAAGGACUUCUCGAGCAAAUAAUUGAUCCUCAACUCAUGGGUAAGAUUGAUCUGAAAUCUUUGAAGAAGUAUGGAGACACAGCUGAGAAAUGUUUGUCUGAUUACAGUGUCGGUCGUCCUUCAAUGGGUGAUGUAUUGUGGAAUUUGGAAUAUGCCUUGCAACUUCAGGAGAAAGGAGUUGAGAGAGAACCUCACGAGGACAGCAUAAAAGAUGCAACUGAUCUUCCACUACUGCGUGCAAUUCCACGUAUUUCUUCGGUUCAGUCAAGUGAUCAGGAUAAUGAAGAUGGGCGUUCAGAUAUAACGACCAGCAGAGUUUUUUCACAAUUGAUAACCAGUGACGGUAGAUAGUUUCUGAGCUCAUCCGAACUAUUUUAUAGUGUAGCUUUUGCACUUAAACCAAUACUUAGAUUGGGGUGAUUUUUGUGUGAAAUAUGUAUCUCUACGAUUUACGUUUCAGAAUAAUGCUGUAAGCCAAGGAAUCCAAUGGCUUCAGCAUGCAGUUGUAUAAAAUUAAAAAAAAAACUUGAAGUUAUAAUUGCUCUACCCAUCA